AUAUGAAAUCACAAUUGCUCUACCUUGUUGUAUCGUCGUCAUCAUUUUGAGAAAGAACUUUAUAUUAGUUAACGUCGUUCUUCCUGCUGUACUCAACAUUGUACUUCGUUGUACUCUCUUCCACACGACGCUCAAGAUGGUGUAUGUCUCUGAAGGUAACAUAGUAUCUUCGAGGUCUCCAUGGCGGCUGUCGAUCAUUCCAGAGGUUCUGUUUGGACUCAUAAAUAUUAUUAUCCUUUUUUUCAAGACGUUAAUAUCGCCUAACACAACCCAGUAUGACAGCGGUGGCAGCUACCGAUCAGAUGGACGAGGCCCACCACCCCCUCCGAGGCGGCGCAUGGGCAGAUUAAAUUUUGACGGUGACACGCCGGGCCCCCCACCGAUGGGAGGCGGAUGAGGUCGGUAGAUAGUCUGCUGUCUUAAAAAGACCGCAGGCUGCCUCAGAUGGUCCCCGCUAAUCAGGAAACAGUAAUUCUACUAAACCCUCUUCUCCUCCUCCUCCUCCUCAACCUACUCCCCCAUUUAUCUUCCUCUUUGUCUCUCCUCUAAUUUUGUAACAUUUUUUAUUUCUUCUCCUUCUUCUCCUCUGCCAUGACUUCAAAAGUAACUUUGGUGAUCUGGAGUGAUCAACAGUUUUACAUCUGUACUAAUCUAGAUGAUACGACUGUAACUUUUAGUUAAUCUACCCACUACACCAGACGCAUUGAGCUCCUGCUCUGCUUAGUCCACUACAUACUUCGGGCUCCAGCUUUCAGUUGUGUUGAACAGACCAUCUUGCCACAUGUUAUUAGCUCCAACUUUUGGUUAAUCUAGUCUACCAGAUGUUUUGAGCUCUAGAUUUUGGUGAAAUUGGCCAGCCCGACUGGCCAGAUGCUGUGGGCUCCAAUUUUAAGUUAAUCUUGAUCACCAAGUGCUUUAAGCUCCAGCUUCUGGUUGCUUUGGCUAGUCCACCUUGCCGAGUGCUCCAGCAUUUAGUUAAUCUGGUUCACCAGAUGCAAUGAGAAUCUGUCUUUGGUUAAUCUUACCAGUCCACCAGUUGCUUUGAGCGCCAGCUUCUGAUUAAUCUAGAACUGUCCUCAGUAUUAAGUAGCUACAACAGAUGUUACUCAGAGUUUAACACCAUCGAACAUGUUAGAGCAGAGGAGGACACGUGUCACCACACGUUCUUGUAUAUUCUUCCUGGCUUGAUUCCAGCAGCAUCUGAAGGGUUCAAGCCACAGUCCCCAUCACCUCCCAUUCCACUCCCUUCCCUUCUCCCUGUUUCCUCAUUAGUCGAGGACCAUCUGGAUAUAUAUAUAUAUAUAUAUAUAUAUAUACAAACCCAAAGGAAUCCUUCUUUUACCAGAAGCCUUGCAGCUGUGCCUGUAAAUGUAUGAAGAACUUGCUGGAAGCUCUGUGGAGAUGGCAAGAUCGGAACCCAAAAAAAUUUCUUAAAAGAAGAAUUCCAACUACCCAAUCAACUGACUUUAUAUAUACAUUGAUAUAUAUAUAUAUAUAUAUAUAUAUAUAUAUAUAUACACACAAACACACAUACA